AUGCUUUUAUACGCGAUUGCAUUGCUUUUCCUGGCAUCGAACGUCAACGCCGGCUUGUUUUCCGAUGUAACAGAGAUUAAAAACGGCAAUACCACUUGUGUUAUUGAGAAUGGAGAACUGACCAUUGAUGGUGUCAAGAAAGGGAAUCUCACCGAAGCUCAAAAGGAAGAGUUGAAAAAAUAUAACGAAGACAUGGACACGUUUACAAACUCAUGGUUGACCAAGAUGAUCGAGAGUAUUAAGAGUGCAUUCGCGAGUGUGUUCGGCUCAAUGUGGCAUGGUUCUGAGGAUGAGAAAAAAGCCGAAAAGCCCGAUGGACCAGUGACUGCCAAACCAAAAGGACCAGUUGGUCCUCAUUUCCCCAAACCACUGUCAUUCUGUCAUGCGUAA